GUAGCUGACCCACUUAGGCUAGGUCUGGACUUUUCACCAACUCUAGGAGGAUAGUAGCAGAACAAAUCUUUUCAGUCACCUGCUAACAUCUUUGUGGGCUCUUCUUCACCAUUGAGGAAAGAAAUCAUCUAGAAGGCUUCAUAAUGUCCAAUGCUGAAAACUCUGAGCAGCCUCCAGAAAUCACAGAGGAGACAGAGACAAUUCCUAUUGUAGACUUGGAACCACCACUUGGCCUUCCUCCUCCCCUUCCUUCACCUCCUCCUUCUCCUCCUCCUCCUCCUCCAGAAGGUGAAUGGAGAACAAUCUCUGAGCCCACUAGGAUGAAUGGAAUCACUCCUGUGAUCCUGGGAAUCUUCAGCCUGCUGGUCUUGAUAUUUUGUGGAUUCUUUGGUUAUCAAUACUUUCAAACUGUUGAGGUAACAACAACCAAUAUGAAGAGCCUUCACGAAUGGAUGGAGCUUUUCCAAAACAGAACCGAAAAAUGUCUAAAGAUCCAAAAAGUUCUUGCCCAAAAUAAAGUCCUAUUGUCCUAUGUAGAAACCCUACAGUGGGUCCAAAGCCAGAAGGAGUAUCUCAUUGAGGCUUUACAAGAACUAAAGGAGAAACAAGGAGACAGGUGUGGACCUCCUCUGAAUCACUGGGUUCAAUACAAAGACUACUGCUACCAUCAAACUAUGGAAAUGGUUUCUUGGUUAAACUGUUCUGAUCUUUGUAUCUCUUUGAAUGCUACAUUUUUAAAGACAGAAAGGAGUGUAUUGAAGACUAUCAUGAAAUUAAUUGUAGUAAAUCGUACUUGGCUUGGCCUGUCUUACAAGGAGGAGGACAAUGAAUGGAAGUGGGAGGAUGGCUCCUCUCCUUCUCCUCGGCUGGGUUUGCCAGAGCGAAAUCUGGAUUUCCAAGGGAAUUGUGUGUAUGUAAAUUCACACACUGUUGGUACUGAUAACUGCACUAAGUCCUCUUCAUGCUUGUGUGAGAAGGCUGCCCACUAAAAAUCAGACGAAGAAAGUUAAGAGAAAAGCUAUGAAGCUCACAUCUCAGACUCAAGAUAUGCCAGUCUUUAUUCUAUUGUUUUUUUUCCAUAUUAUUUGUAACUUUUUUUUUCAUGGCAGAAACUGAUAAUGACUUUAUGAUAGAAGAAAGGCAACAUCUAAAGUUGUAGCAGGAAUACCACAGUAACCCAGAAAAGUUAGAAAUUCAGAACCUGUUUGAUUUUGUGAGAGUUAUAUAAAUGAACUAAUAAACAUGUCAUUUAUUGUGA